UUCCACUAUUCUUCUUGCUUUCUUAUUCUCUGUAUUGCUGCAUAGACACUCUGUCUACUAUUCGUGUCAAAUUAUCGCUUCAAAUAAUGUCUAGCGAUGCCUAUAUGUCUUCAGAUGACGACCGACCACUUGGCGACUUCCAAAACGAUGGCAAGGCCAACACAGGUAGAGGCGGCGCGAAUGUAUACGCUAAAGAGGAAGCUAGUGAUUCUCCCAUGAGCGAGGACGAAGACAUGCCUUUAUCCCAAGUUACGGUUCCAAACUCAGAACCUGUAACUCCAACAAAGUCUUUGCGGCGCAAGAGAGCUGCUGCACUUGAUUCAUCCAGUGAAGAUGACGAUACCCCUCUUGCUUCUUCUCCGGUGAAGCAAUCUUCUACUAUACCGAUGCCGGGGACAUCGAAAGCCUCUACAGUAAACGGGCAUAAAGCAGUCAAAGCUGAGAGCGAUAACAAACGUAGUUCUACCACUGCUAAGAAGCAACGUGCAUCCACCAAGAAAGGACCCCCACAGAAGAAGCUGAAACGCGAAGACCCUGACGCUUCCGAACCUCCCGCUUCUGAAGGCGAGGAAAUCACACCUGUGAAGAAAGAGAAGGUAUCGAGGAAACGAAAGUCCAAAGUCAAGGAAGAGACUGAUGCGGAUGUGGAGGACAAUGGAAAAUCUAAGCCCACGAAAAAGAGAGUUACUUCGAAGAAGGUCAAGGAUGGAGCAGACGGGUCAACGACUCCCCAGCCCAAGAAGAAGGGCAAAGUUAAAGAUGAAGGAGAAGACGAGGAGGAAGUUUACAGGUGGUGGGAGGCUCAGCAGAAUAACGAUGGUGAAGUAAAGUGGCAAACGCUAGAGCAUAAUGGCGUCAUCUUUCCUCCACCAUACGAACCCUUACCCUCGAAUGUGAAAAUGAGGUAUAAGGGUAAAGAAGUAGAUCUACCAUCAGAGUCCGAAGAAGUGGCCGGUUUUUAUGCAGCUAUGUUGGAAACUGAGCACGCUCAAGAUGCCACGUUCAACAAAAACUUCUUCGACGACUGGUUGAAAGUGCUUCAGGACUAUCCUCCUCGCAAUAAAAUCAAGAUCACAAAAUUUGAGGAUUGUGAUUUUCGGCCCAUGUUCGAACACUUCGAAGCGGAGAAAGCCAAAAAGAAGGCUCUCAGCACCGCAGAGAAGAAAGAGCUCAAGAAGCAGAAAGAUCUAUUCGAGGAGAAAUAUGUCACCUGUCUCCUUGACGGUCGCAAGGAAAAGGUUGGCAACUUCAGGGUUGAACCUCCUGGCCUGUUCAGGGGUCGGGGCGAUCAUCCAAAGAAGGGCGCGUUGAAGUUCCGUGUACGCCCGGACGAUAUCACCAUCAAUAUUGGUGAAGGAACGCCUAUCCCUGUACCUAAUAUGCCUGGACAAUGGAAAGCCAUAGUCCAUGACCAAACUGUCACCUGGCUAGCCAACUGGGUCGAGAAUGUCAACGGCAAUUACAAAUACGUCUUCCUAGCUGCAGGCAGUUCUCUCAAAGGGCAGAGCGACAUGCAAAAGUUCGAGAAAGCCCGUGAAUUGAAGAACCACGUGGAUCGUAUUCGCAAAGAUUACUCUGCUGAUCUACGCAGCAAGGUUAUGGCAGAUAGGCAGCGCGCGACGGCGAUGUACUUCAUUGACAAGCUUGCUCUCCGAGCUGGAAAUGAAAAAGGUGAAGAUGAAGCCGACACCGUGGGCUGCUGCUCUCUGCGGUGCGAACACGUCACGUUAGAAGCACCGGAUUUUCUCAUUUUUGAUUUCCUGGGUAAGGACUCGAUCCGGUACUACAAUCGAGUCUCCGUGGAUCCCCAGGUUUUCAAGAAUAUCAAGCUAUUCAAGGACAACAAAGAGGACAGUGACAACCUCUUUGACCGCGUCAAUACAUCGCUCCUGAAUAAGCAUUUGGCAUCGUAUAUGAAAGGACUGACUGCAAAGGUUUUUCGUACUUACAAUGCAUCCAUCACGUUUCAACAGCAGUUGGACGAAGGAACGCCAGGGGAUGCCACUAUCCAGGAGAAGCUGAAUGCAUAUAAUCAUGCAAAUCGUAUGGUGGCCAUCCUUUGUAACCAUCAACGUAGCGCACCAAAGACUCACGAACAGUCGAUGGGCAAGAUGCGUGAUAGGCUCCGUUCCUUGAAGUAUGAUCGGAUGAAACUUCGUCAUGUUCUCUUCAAUAUGGAUCCCAGAUUCAAGAAGCAGAAGCAGUACGCCGAUGACGAAUCCGAUUUAGAUGACGACUGGAUAGAGGACCACGAAAAGUCCCUUAAGAAUAAGGAAAUAGAGAAGGCGGAGAAGAAAUUUACCAAGGAUAACGAGAAGCUUGUUCAGGAGGGCAAUAAACCUCAACCUGACUCAGUCCUGCAGGAGAAGAUUGAGGCUGCUGAAGCCGAAUACAAGAGGGUUGCAGAGGAACGUGGUACAGGGAAAGCCAAACUUAAGAGGGAUCGUGCUCCCGAGAAGAUUGAGGAAGCUGUCCAGAAGUUAAACGAGAAGAUAAAGACCUUCAAGCUUCAGAUGGACGAUCGGGAGGCCGGCAAAGAGGUCGCUCUUGGUACAAGUAAAAUUAAUUACCUGGACCCUCGGAUAACAGCUGCAUGGUGCAGUGCCCACAACGUUCCGAUCGAAAAGAUCUUCUCAAAGACACUUCUCGCUAAAUUUCCUUGGGCCAUGGAAGUCGACGAUGCCUGGAAAUUCUAGUCCAUGUUUUAUGGCUAGACUUCAGUGUAUUUGGGCUUUACGAAGGGUUUUUAGACUGCUAUAAUUAUUCCCUAGAGAUUCGAUCUAGGUUUAACCCUGCCCCCCUGCUUAUGGGAGGUUCAUCAUGUACAUACCAUAAUAACUGCAUUCAUAGAAGAAAUGUGUCAUAGCGA